AUGUUCCUUACCUGCCAGCGACAGUCGUCAACUCAGCUUGGAAUCUGGCAACGGUCCUCUCCGCAUACGGUAAAGGGGGGACAAAUCCGACGGAGGCCGGUUCGGCCCGGACCCAGCCGUAUCUCCUCCGCUCCCAGGAAAGGCGGCAAGCCCAAGGCAGCCGCGCCGCCCGGGGGCGGCUCCAUUCCCCGCCCGCCCCCAAGCGCCGGAGAUCCCUGCUCCGCCCGCCCCGCUCCCCACGCAAACCCCGCUCCGGCCACACGCUUCCCCGAAGGAAAGGAGACCCCCCGAGGCCGGCAGAGCCCCGUGCUCCCCGCGGGGGAGGCCCCACCGCCGAUGGCCCCGCACGCAGCAUGGCGGCGGCGCCGGCUCAGGCCCCGUUACCACCGACACCGUCGCUACGAACUGAGGCCUGGCCCAGAAACCGGCUCCCGCUCCCCCAACACACCCCCCCGCCUCACAGGAGGAGGCCGAGCCCGUCCCGGGACACUCACCCACUCUGCUGCCUCCACAGCGCGGCCGCCACGCUCCCCGCCAGCAGCCCGGCACGACGGCAACGGCGGCGGCUACCUCAGCCGCAAACGGGAAGCUCCGUCAGCCACCUGGCCGUCACUUCCGCUCGGCUGUUUCCGGAAGUUUCUCGAACAGCGCGCCGCCGUCAGGCCCGCCCGUAAGCGGAGCGCGCCCCCUGCCGGCGGCCGGCGGCGCUGCGGCGGCUCCCGGGGGGAGCUCCGGGCCCGGCGGGGCUCCGGGCACACCGGGGGUGGUCGCCGUCCCGGUCGGGCCGCGGGGCCUUCCCCGGCGCUCGUCCCGCUCCCAGCAGCGGUCUUGCUGCACCCCAGGGGUUUCACAGUCUCCACGGGCAGGCAGUUGGGUGAAGAACCCCCGCCGUGUGUGUCUGAGGGAGGGAGGGGGGGAAAGGAGUGA